GUGCAGGCGCAGAAGAUGAGGCUGAACGAGGGCCGGCCGAGACCCUUCCAGGCCCCCGUCAGCGUGCACAGCCUGCCGGGCCGCCAGCUCUACCUCUUCCCCGAGCGCAGCCCGCCCGGCUCGGAGGAGAGCUCCGAGGAGGAGCUCAGCGCCAUGGAGCUGCGGCCCCGCGGCAGGGAGCGGUGCGGUCCUGGGGCCAGGGCUGGGGACGUGGUGCUGCUGGAGCGGGAGGUCACGGAGGGCGAUAGUCUGAACAAGCUGGCCCUGCAGUAUGGCUGGCAGGUUGCAGAUAUCAAACGUGUCAACAACUUCAUCAGGGAGCAGGACCUGUAUGCGCUGAAAUCCAUCAAGAUCCCCGUGAAGCCCCACGGGUUGCUGACGGAGAGCAGCAGGGAGCUGAGGCCAGCCCCAGCCCCGCGCUGCCCCAGCGGCGUGACACUCGUGGACCUUCCUGAGCCCGAGGCUGGUGCCAGCGGCUCUGAGGGCAGCCACCUGAGCGACUACUUCAAGGGGAUCGACCAGAGCAUCCAGGAGGCCGUGCAGGCGGAGGUCCAGCUGAACGCCGAGUACUGCACGGAGGCGCUGGAGAGGCCGCUCUGUGAGUCUGGGAAGCGGGAGCCCAGCACUGGUGCAGACUGGGGGAUCCAGUGGUGGAACGCAGUGUUCAUUAUGCUCCUGAUAGGGAUCGUCUUGCCGGUAUUUUAUAUCAUCUAUUUUAAAGCACAGGAGAAUGGCCCGGCCGCCCAUACCUCCAACACAACACUAACCUCAAACAUCUCAGCAGAUGGAUUGGAAGGGAAACCACUACAAAGCUCAGAUGUAGAAAAAAAUCCAAAGGGGGAGGUGCAGCCAAACACAGCCUCUCCUCCCAGCACUGAGGCCCAUAAGCCUGUGACUCUGCCACGAGUGCAAUCGGGGGGAUAACAGGACAGAGAAUUUUUAAUUUUUUUUAAAGUAGCUGAUGUUGCAGUCCUGAACUCGACUGAACCUGAGGGGAUGUGAUUUUAUGGAAGAAAAAGGAUGCUCUGUUGCUUGUAAAGAUCAACAGGCAGCUGGCUUAACACUUGUGAACUCUGUUGAGGGGAAGUAUUUUAAGCAAUUACUCCUGCUUGCUGCAGGUAUUUCUUACGAAUGGCCUUGUUGAAGAAGCUGAGCCCUUUCCUGCUGUGACAGAGCGCAGUAUUAGUGUGAUGGGAAAGCUGGCGGCCGUUUGUGUUGUAAGAAAAUACUUUUUGCUUAGAGUAGAAGUGGGGGCUCUUUUUUGCUGAGUUGUCGUUUCUCUCAUGCAGACUGGCAGUCUGAGUGUACCUAACUUUAACGCGAUGGCUUUUAGGGGUUAGCUGAGGUGUGCCACAGCACAAGGACACUGGGGGUGACUCAUGAGCUUUUCUCCUGGAGGAAACCCUUCAGAGACAGCGUGAGUGCUGCUGUCUUGCAGGCAGAGCUUCUCGCAGAAUCCUUGCUUGUGUCAGGGUUCAGCUCGUCCAGAGCAACGGCUUCAGCACGACAGCAGGCGUCCAGGCAGAGUUGGUGAAUGGUGGUAGGCCUGUGGUGCGUGGUGCGCUCUUCUCCA